CGAAUCUGUAACGAUGACCUCAUUGCGAAUCAAGUUUUAUAGUCAAACUACUUAUUAAAUCACCAUAAUUUAACCCCGAACCUUAUUUGUUACUUGGGCUUGGAAACAGCAUUAAGAGAAUGAACCUUGAUGGUGGGGAUCAGAGAAAGAUCUUGUCUAAGGUGGGAAGGUCCAUCUUCUUGGAUUUCCAUUUAAGUGAGGGGACAAUGUUUUGGGCUGAUACACAUGCAGGACAAAUCAACAGAGCAGGACUGAAUGGAACACACAGACAGAAGCUUCUCUCGUCAGUGAAAGGUGUCACGGGUCUGGCUGUGGACUGGAUUGAAAACGCAGUUCUCUGGAGCAAUGCAGAAAAAGGAACGAUACAGAGAAUAGACACAGAUGGGAGAAACGAAAAGAUUGUCCUAAGAGACCUGUCUCAGCCAAGAAGCGUUGUCGUUGAUCCAAAUGAGAGAUAUAUUUUCUGGCUGUCAGAUGGGUUGACUCCCAGUCUCCAGCGUUCAGACGUGACAGGUGGGAAGACGACGACGGUGCUGAAAGCUGCGGACAGACUAAAAGUUUUGGCUAUAGACCACCGGGACAGGAGACUCUUCUGGGUUCAGCAGGGCCAGGGAGGGCACACUGCUAUGGGGUCCUGCAACUAUGAUGGCACCAUUAUUAACGUCUUUAAUCAGCCCUUGAGAUCACAGUCAUUGAAGAUGACGAUUUUCCUUGAUUAUGUGUACCUAACGGACUCUAAGUCAAAAAGAAUAACACGAGUAAACAAGUACAGGGGAGGCAGAGGAGAGAAUGUCAGCUCCCAAAGGAUGCCGCACCCCCCUGCUGAUGUCAAAGUGGUACAUCCCAUCAAUCAGCCAGUGGUGGAAAGUCCAUCUCCAUUCACUCCAGGCUGCAAUCGACACACGGGAGAGUGUGUGAAAGUGUGUUCCAGUCACAGUGACGCCGGUCUGUGCCGAUGCAGGGACGGUUUUUCCCUCAGUAAACAAGGCAGCUACUGUGAAGAUAUCAAUGAAUGUGCCCUGUGGAAUCACGGCUGUUCGCUGGGAUGUGAGAACGUUCCGGGCACAUACUUCUGCACCUGCCCCAAGGGUUACCUGUUACUACCCGAUUUGAAGACCUGCCAAGAGACUAAACCAUGCGUGGAGAGUGGCACAGUUUGUGAUCAUGCAUGUGUACACACUGCAGAAGGAGAUGUGUGUGUGUGUCCGGAGGGAUCUGUACUAAAUUCUGACGGCCGUUCGUGCACAGGAUGUUUGUCUGUAGAUCGAGGGGGCUGCAGUCAUAUGUGUGUGACUUUAUAUCCAGGCAGGUGGGUGUGUGAGUGCAAGCCUGGAUACCAGCUCCAGCCGGACGGAAAACACUGUGCUGCCACAGGACCUCCAAUGUACCUGUUGUUUGCCAAUACAGUGGAUAUAAGACAGAUUAACACACAUGGCAAAAAGAGCGAAACACUUCUGGAGGAACCGAGAGGCAGUAUCAUAGCUCUGGACUACGAUCCAGUCCAGAAGCAGGUGUAUUUCGCAGAUAAAGGCCUGAAGCGUAUAGAGAGGGCUUCACUGGCUGGAGGUUUCAGAGAAAUGCUGUUUUCCACAGAGCUCGGCUCACCCGAGGGUCUGGCUGUGGACUGGGUUCAUCGCAAACUGUACUGGACUGAUAGAGGAUUAUCCUCUAUUUCCCGCAGUGGUUUAAAUGGCGUUGACAGAGAAAUCUUUAUAGAUGAAGACAUACAAAAACCCAGAGGCAUUGCCCUACAUCCUCAGGCACAGAAGGUAUAUUGGACGGACAUGGGUAGCCGUCCUGCAGUGGAGCGCUCAGGUCUGAACAGAGACGUGCGUGAAGUUGUGGUCAGCACCGGGCUGGUGUCUCCUAGCGGUCUAGCUGUGGAUCACGGUUCCCAGCGUCUGUACUGGUGUGACGUGAGCAGAGGAGUGAUCGAGUCAGCCAAUCUGGACGGUUCUGAUCGCCACAUGCUAAGCCAGAACCAAGUAGGUCGGCCAUUUGAUGUUACAGUGUUUGAGAACGUGCUCUGGGUCAGUGACUGGGAGGGUCACAUGCUGUACAGGCUGAACAUGACAGCUGAACGAAACCCUCAGCAUCUCCGUGACAUCUCUAUCCAACCGGCUGCUCUAGUUGUUGUUCAUCCUCUUGCCAAACCAGGAGCAAAUGUUUGUCUUCAUGAAAAUGGAGGAUGUGCCCAAGUGUGCGAGAGCAGACUGGGAUCGGCUCAUUGCUCGUGUCACUCAAAGCACUUUCUUUCCGCCGAUGGAAAAGACUGUCUGCCGAUUAAUUCGUCGCUCGCUGAGCCCGAUGAAGGUGAAUCCAGAGAUCGUUUGAGAAAUAAAACACUGAAUGAUGAGAGCACACCAUUGGCCAUGCUUUACACGGAGAGGAUGGUUUCAGACCAGAAUGACUGCUACUCUCUCAGAUGUGACGUGAAUGCUCAGUGUACACAGAAGGAAGGCCGAGCCGCGUGUCGGUGUGUGGCAGGUUUUGCUGGAGACGGGGAGCUGUGUGUCGACGUUGAUGAAUGCAAAGCAGGCCUGGCAGAUUGUAGUGUAUCUGAGGCUGAGUGUGUGAACACAGCAGGUGGAUAUUUCUGCCAGUGCAAGACGGGAUUCACAGGAGAUGGUCACCAUUGUAUGGAUAUAGAUGAGUGUCUAUUAGAUAUGCAUGGCUGCGAUGUAAACGCUGAGUGUUUGAAUGCAGUUGGAAAAUUUCAGUGCAGAUGUCGACCUGGGUUCACAGGCACAGGAUUCAGCUGUCAUAAGGAGUUUAAGAGCGCCACCUCUUGGCCGAGUACAGGAAGUCCGCUUGAUGCCACAUCGCCAUGGCAACACAACAAUGCUGUACAGAGCUGCCCCUCUACACACGACUCAUACUGUCUGUAUGAUGGAGUCUGCUUCUAUUUCCCUGAGAUGGAGUCUUAUGCCUGCAACUGUGUGUUAGGUUACAUGGGGGAGCGCUGUCAGUUCAGUGAUCUUGAGUGGUGGGAGCUGCAGCAGGCUGAAGAGGAGAAGAGGAGGAACAUGGCUAUAGCGAUGUGUAUCGUGCUCCUCAUCACUCUUCUUUCCAUUGCUGCCUGCAUCACCUACUGCUGCGGGUCUAAAAGACAUUUUGGAGCGUGUCCCUCAGAGGAGGACGUGGGGGACAUAAGCAUGAGUGAGGACAGUGUGACAGAGACCACAACAGGCUCUCCGCAGGUCUAUGUGAUUUUGGACGCUUCUACCUGCGUUGAUGAAAAGGUCCUUCAUGUUGUAGGGUGUCCCAGAACAACAGUAUGCCCCUCUUGCUCUUUAAACACCAGAGACAGUUUUGCUUUAGAAGAGGCUGGAAAGCUACAGAGAGACAGCUGUGCUCAGGAUGUUGCCAUCUGCUGUGUAUCCUGCGAUAUGAAGACCACUGAAGGUCUCAUCUCUUUAGAAGGCCCUCAGACAACACCCCAGUGAUUCAUCAGACGCUAGUCUUCGUUGGAGACUGACCAUGAACUGAUCACAUGCAUAUGUUCCAUUUUAAAGUCAGUGCCCUUCAGUGUUAUAGUACUGCCAACUAUCAAAGUACAUUAAAAACCGGGUUGUUUGAACAAGAUUUCACAUUCGAGUUGCACCAGUUUUCAGUCAACAGAUUUCAUAUAAAAGUAGGUUACUUCUGUCCUUUUGUACUUUUACAUGUCAUUAUUUGUUGAAGUAAUGAGAUCUGCACAUCCCUCAAUUGGUUUCAUGCAGUACAUAAGAGCUAUAGAGUGUGUUUAGAUCAUCAAUGUAAGUCAUCUAAAUAGAGUCUUGUAUUUCUGCUUUUAAUGUUUUUGUUUAUAACCAUUAGACAUAGAAUCCAAUUGCAUAGCUCUGUAAAUAAUAAAGAUGCUUUUUUUGCUAAAUAGGAUCUUAUAUUGAACUUUGUAUUACAGUUAUGAGGAAAAACACUCAUUGUUUUAAUAAUGGUGCACGGUUGGUUUGAGCUAGUGAAGAGAAAAUGGAGAGACAAAUCCUGCUUUGUGAGCAAAAAAUAACAUGUACUUGGCCUAUUUUGCUUCAGGUGGUAUAAGAAUAACAUUUCAGCGGCAUAUCUGAACCUGCUAACAUCAGCAUUGGUUUCACAAAGAGAUUACUAUAUAAAACACAUCCUACUAUUAAAACCUCAGGUAUCAAAACAUUAUCAAACAGAUAACAUAUGGUAUCAAAGAGAUCGAAAAUACAAUAUUUAAACAAAUCAAUUCAAGAACAGGAACGUUUAGUAGGUCAGAUACCUCUCUGACUCUAUAGUCAAACAAAUGUCUCACAGAUAUUCUCAUACGUCAUGGGAAAAUAUCUUUUUAUAUCCAUAUAAAACUAACAGCCAAUGUAUAGGCUGGGGUUUUAAGGCUUUAACCUACUUCUGCUAUUUUGAAACAAAAUCCUAGAACAAGGACACCGAAGGACAAUGUAAUAAAAUCAACCAGACAGAAUAACACCCGACUUGAUGCCUUUUG